ACAUGUAUCAGUACCAAAAGCACCUGCAAUACCAAAUGUUUAGGGUUUAGCCGUUCUGCUUCAUAUCCGACUAUAUGUGGGCCGCUCUACGAUCUCGCUCCCUCCUAUUUUCAGCUCAAUCUUCAUCAUCUUCUGCAUUCUUCCGACCAUGGAAGCAAGGGCUUCUCGGCCUCAACUUCACCACCUCCGCUUCGUCCUCUACCAGUGAUAGAGGCCUGCUGGAUCUUCAGGAGAUCGAGAAUGUUCUGAGUGACGUUAGAGCAGACAACGUGAAGGUCAUACCGGCCCCGAAGCACUGUGACUGGGCCGAUUUCAUGGUGGUCGCCACCGGUAGGUCUACCUGGCACGUCAAGAAUAUUGCUCAAGCCCUAAUCUAUAAGGCUAAGCAAAAGCAGAAAGGAGCGGCUCGGUUAGUGCUGCCAAGCGUGGAAGGGGAAGAGGGAGGAAAGUGGAUUGUCAUCGACUCGGGCAAAGUGAUUGUUCAUGCUCUUGAUGAGAAGGCUAGAGAAUACUACAAUUUGGAGGGUCUGUGGACCACAGACAAAUCCCAAAACGACACGGCCCAGGAUUUGGAAAAAGCUUUCGUGAAGGUUCGUCCCAAGAACAACUCCAAAAAACGACCGCAACAAAGUGCAUGAUGCUUUUGCCCAUACGAUGUAGUUUGUCCAACUCAACGUUCUAGUUUCUAUGUCAUAAAGCUUCAUGUAAACUGUGGAUUGUUAUCUAUUCAGGUUGUUCUUGCA